AGGACCUGAGGAGAGCAAGGGAGUGGCCUGGAGAUGUCUCAUGCACAGGGCCUGCAUGGGUCUGCGGGGACUGGGCCUGAGGAGAUGAAGUGCCUGCAAGACCUGAGCAGAGGAGGGCAAGAAGGGCUUGGCUUAGAGAUGUCUCAUGCACAGGACCUCUGUAGGGAGUGGGGCUGCAUGGUCCGCGGGGAGUGGGCCUGAGGAGAUGAAGUGCCUGCAUUAGAAAAGACAGUAAUGCUCGGCAAGGUAGAAAACAGAAGAAAGAGAGGAAGACUACAUGCCAGAUGGUUAGACACUGUCACAGACCUGAGCCUGAAGGACCUGAGCAGUGGUCUUGCUCUCAUGCAAAAGGUUGCCAUAGGUCUGUGGAAAUGGGGCUGAGAUGAGAGGCCUGGGUAGUCAGAUGCCCUGAAGAGAAGAGAGCUUGGAAGGGAGGGCAAAGCAGUUGGGAACAGGAAGAUAGGGUCUGUGGGGCAGGCCUUCUUUCUAAACACAUAUCCAGGCAAUACAGUGGUACCUCGGGAUACGAAAUACCCAGGUUACGAAAUUUUCAGGAUACGAAAAAAUCCCAUUGGAAAACAUUGUUCCGGGUUAUACCUUCAUUAGUCUCCAUGGUUUGCAGAAUGAAGGGUGAUGUUAAGACACACACACACACACACACACACCCAGAGAAGCCUUUAUUAAGGAGGGUGAGAAGGACAAAGAAAUACGUGGAAGGGUGAAAUGAAAAGGUGGGGAGUGCUAUUCGAGAGCAUGACAUGAAGAGGGAUGUCUUUUGGCAUUAGCAAGGAGGGAUAACCUGAUGGGAAGUGGGAUAUACUGUACAACUUCCUGAUAGAGUUCUCAAAAUUCCUUUUUAAUUAUGGACUGAACCAACUCCAAAUUGAUUUUAUUGAGAAGAAGGAAAAAUACUGCUGUGUUUGUUCACUGCAUUUCACGAAUAGCUUGACCCUUGAAGUGAUAAUCUACAACAGAUGCCUUCCCCUACUGUUGAAAAUCUUAUCUGAUAAUUCUUCAGAUUCUGAGGUUACAGAAGAUUACAUCCUUCCAAUCAUUUCUUCACAAUCAUAAGGGUGUAAAUGAGUCAGAAUGGAUCAGGAAGGUGGGGGUGACUUACAGAAAACCCCUAACUUCCAGUGGCGAAACUACAAGCUCAUUGUUGACCCUGUGCUCAAGCGGGCCCCACACAAGAUCUACCGCUAUGAUGGAGUGCAUUUCAGUGCCAGUGAUUCGGGAUUUGAUCCUGUGAAUGAUGUGCGGGAUCCCAGGCGCAGGAUAUGGUCCAAAACUAGAGACCUUUCACUUCCUGUCCCAAAGUUUAAGCUGGAUGAGUUCUAUGUGGGCCCAAUCCCUCUGAAGGAGGUCACCUUUGCUCGGCUCAAUGACAACAUCAAGGAACCCUUUUUGGCUGAGAUGUGCAAAAAGUAUGGAGACAUUGAGGAGAUUGAGAUCCUCUACAAUCCGAAGAACCGCAAACACCUGGGUCUCGCUAAGGUGCUCUUCACAAGCACAAGGGGGGCUAAGGAAACAGUCAAGAACUUGCACAACACUUCAGUCAUGGGCAAUAUCAUCCACGCCCAGCUUGAUAUCAAAGGUCAGCAGCGAAUGAAGUAUUAUGAACUGAUUGUGAAUGGCUCCUAUACACCACAGACUGUUCCCACUGGGGGCAAAAUGCUGAAUGAGAAGUCCCCAGCUGACUCAUCAGAGUCACGAAGACGCCACUCAACCGAUUCUUCCUAUCCUAGUAAUGUAAUGCCCUCAACACCUGGCAAUGGUACCCCUUGCUCUCAGGACACUCCCUAUUCCAGUGGCCGGCAAGACACACCUUCUUCAUAUGGCCAGUACACACCACAGUCUUCCCAAGGGACUCCAUAUACUCCCCGGGGAGGAACGCCAUAUUCCCAAGAUUCUGCUUACUCUAGCAGACAAGGGACACCAGGCUACUCCACCUACCAGCCAGAGUCAACAUCCUACAAAUCCCGUCGACACGAGAACAGCUUUUCAGACUCAUAUUCCCGCCGGCAUUAUUCAUCUUCAUCUUCAUCAUCAUCAUCCUCUUCCUCUUCCUCCUCUCACUACCGCAGCAAUGACCAUCACUAUCCUCCCUAUAGUCAGCAGUUUGAUGGCAGCAGCGGGAGCACUGUCUCAGCCAGCAGUAGUCGGUACCAGCGCCUCUCAUCCACCUCGGAAACCCGUUCUUCCUCUUCCUCCUCCUCCCAUCGCUCCCACCAAAGAGAGGACUCUAGCUUCCAUUCUCGACAUCGAGAGCGCUCCCAGCGGGAUGAUGCUACUCCUUCCUCCACCACAGCUGUUGCUGCUGCCACCACCACCACCACCUGCACAACACCCUCAGCAACACCCUCAGAUGCUGCGCAGUUCCAGAACUGUCAUAGUUUUGUUCAGCAGAGUGCAGAGCUCUUCCCAGCACCCAGUGUGCUGUACCCAUCUUACGUGGGUACUCCAGAGCCCUUUCCUGUACCUGCAGAAUCCCUUCCCGUGGACCAAGACUACCGGCUUCUCCCUACAGCUGAAACGUUUGCUGCCAACUCCCUGCCCCCCACAGAGUUUCUUGCUCAGGAAGUUAAAGAGAACAUCAGUCCAGCAGUGACAGCAUCUCUGGGGGUUAAUGACCAAUCCCAUUCUCCUACUGUGCAGACCUCGCCAGCCCGAUCUGGCUCCCCAGCACCUGAGACUACAAAUGAGAGCGUCCCCUUUGCUCACCACAGCAGCUUGGACUCCCGGAUCGAGAUGCUGCUGAAGGAACAGCGGUCCAAAUUCUCUUUUCUCAAUUCAGACACAGAAGAGGAAGAGGAAGAAAAAGGGGGUCCCAAGGGGGCAGAGCCACACGGGCCCUGCACUCCACCACCACCCCUUCCAAUCAGUUUUGAAGAUGUGGUGCCAGCCUUGGACAUGGCAUUAGGAGCAGAAUCUCCCAAAGCCAAUGGGCAAGACAAAGCAUCGCAACAUUCAUCAGGUGAAGAUAUGGAAAUCUCUGAUGACGAUGACACAGAAGUCGAGCCACCAACUCCUGUGGCCGGAUUGUCUGAACCCCAUUUUUCUGUGAUGCCAUCAGCCCUGGGCCACAUGCCAUUGGGCAUGUCCUCUUUUACUCCCCAUCACCAGCCAGACCUGCCUCCCACUUACCCAAUACAGCCUCUCAUGUCUGUCUCCCUCCCACACUUGGCAGGGAAAUCCCACUCAUUGUCCAACUACAGCCAGGUUGGCCCACGGCAUGCUCACCGCUUGUCAGACUUCAGAGGGAGGGCAGGCAUGGUGGAUGGAGGUCGAGGUGCUCCCCAUAUAUAUGACUUCGUUAACUCCAUGGAACUGAUGAACCGCCUUGGCAACCAGUGGGGUGGGAUGCCCAUGUCUUUUCAGAUGCAGACUCAGAUGCUGAGCCGUCUGCAGCAGCUGCGUCAAAACAAAGGCCAGUUCGAAGACCCUUUCUCAUACCACCGGGAGGCAGCAGCUUUUUGUGGCCGGCCCCUCUAUGACCAUGGCUACCUAAUGGACCAGGGCAACCACCACUUUCAGAGAGACCAGCUAUUCAUGCAACAGCCAUCAGUAGUAGGGGGAUCAGAACAACAACAACACCAUCAUUCCUCAGAUCAGCCUCCGCUGCCCCCUCCACAGCACCUCCUUGAUUUCCGGGGCACUCCAUGGGGAUAUGAGGAGGAAAUGGCUCCACCCCCACCCCUCCCCAAGGACCCUCAUGCCUCCGUAGUGGACAGUGUGCUUGAGUCACUGAUGCAAGAGAUGAAGAGCAUUAUGCAACGUGACCUCAACCGCAAGAUGGUGGAGAAUGUGGCUUUCAGCACCUUUGACAAGUGGUGGGAGCGUAAGGAGGAGAAGGCUAAGCCUUUCCAGAGUGCUGUCAAACAGCCGGCCAAGGAAGAAGAGAAAGACAAAACCAAACUGAAAGACCCCGCCUUGCUGUCUUUAGUUGAUUGGGCCAAGAGUGGUGGUGCUGGUGGCCUGGAAGGGUUUGGCUUUGGGACUGGCUUUCGAGGAGUGUUGAGACUCCCGUCCUUCAAGGUGAAAAGGAAAGAGCCAUCUGAAAUCUCAGAGGGCAGUGAAGUGAAGCAGCCACGCCCUUCUACUCCCAUUGAAGAGGAUGAAGAUGAUAAAGAAUCUUCACAGAUACUUAAGUCCUCCAAGAGAGAUGAUGAGCGAAUCAAAAGCUCGGGAAAACGGAGAAAACUUUUCUGCUUAGACAGUGAAGGGGAAGAAGCAUCGGAGGACUCCUCUUCUGAAAAGGAGGAGGAAGAAGAACAGCGAAGGGAGAAAGAUGAAGGUUCAAGGGUACGCAGUGCAAAGGAAUCGGAAGAUGAAGGUGAGAGCGACAGCUCCUCAAAGUAUUCUCCUUAUGGAGACUCUGAUGAGGACAGUGAUAGCACAUCUGAUUCAGAGAGCAGUUCUUCCUCAUCUUCCUUGUCAUCGUCAUCUUCCUCCUCUAGUGAGGAGGAGGAGGAGGAAGAUGAAGAUGCUGAAUGCAUGGAGGAAAUGGAUGGUUCUGCAAUGAACAGCUGUCUGAGUGAGUCAGCGAGAAGCAUGGAGGAUGUAACACAGCAAGCAACUGAUGCUGAGAUGGGUCAGAAGAAACCAGAAGCAGCUCUACUUCAAGGCCAUGUGGCAGAAGAGAAGCCUGCUCCUCAGGAGGAAACCAUACAAGCCUCACCACAAGAGGAGAAGGAUGUUGGAACAGCACUGGAAGAGCGCCCCAGGCCAGAAGAGCGGCCGUCCUCUCCAAUCCCACUUCUGCCACCACCCAAGAAACGGCGGAAAACAGUCUCCUUUUCAGCUCCUGGUGAGGAUGAUGAAAUUAAGGGGGCUUUGGAGAAGCCACCUGAACUGGCACCUUCAACUGUUUGCCCGCCGCCACCACCCCCUCCUCUUCCAUGUACCCCCACAGAUGAAGCACAAUCCCCAUUAGUGCCUGUGGAACCCAUACUACUACCCCAAGUGUCCUUAUCUUCCAAUGCGCCAACUUCAGUUCCUUGUCCCCUGCCCCCCGUAACGUCUCCUGCUAAGCCAGUGACUGCUGCUAGUCGCAAGAGGGAUUCCUCCAGAGCCAGCCAAAGAACAAUCAGCAACUUGCCAGCAGAUCAUGCUUCUCUGGUGAAAUGUUGGUCAGAACAGCUAUUGCCCGCUGGUCGGUCCCGGAACCGCUCUCGCUCCCGAGUCGCCCAACCCCCUCAAGAAAACAGACUACAAGUACGUGAACAAAUGGGUGCUUCCUCAUUGCUACAGUUGGCCAAUCAAGCUCACCUGACCGUGUUGGCAGAUGGGGCUUUAAAAAAGCCUACUGGUGCAGGGAGUGAAGAUUCUGAGGCAACGGAGACCUCAGAUGAGGCUGAGGAGCCCAAAGCAGCAGUGCUGCCACCUCCUGCCCUGUCUCUCGAAGUCAGCAGUAUUCUAAUGGAGCAUAACUAUGCCAUGGCUGUCCGUGCAUUACCGGUGGCUGGACCUCGGAAGCCAGAUGAGGCAGUGGUGCCUGGCUCCAUAGAUCUGUUGCAGGUGGAUUUGUAUAGUGAGCACAUGGGUGAGAUUCUGGAAGCUCCUGAGGAGGUAGUGGCAGAUGCCACUGAGAUCAAAGCUGAGCCUGAUAUAAGUGACCUGGUUGCACUGCCCCCUCCACCUCCACCACCAGCACAGAAACCCAAAGCAGCUGUUCCAGAACAGCGUCUUCAGGCCAAGAAACCACGUCCCCACUGGCUCAAGGAGGAAGCAGUAAUAAAGGACCUAGGACUGUUACCCUUUGGGCCCGAAGACCUCUUUCCUUCAGAGAGUGAAGAGGAGGAGGAGGAGGAUGAAGAGGAUGAAGAGAGUGCUGACAGCAGCGAUGAAGGGGAGAUUCGCAGGAGAUCCCUGCGUUCCCACUCGCACAAGUACGCCCCAGCUCAGCCACCCCCUCCACCCCCUGUAUUUGAGACACGCAGUGAGUUUGAGCAAAUGACCAUCUUGUAUGACAUCUGGAACUCAGGGCUAGACUUGGAGGACAUGAAAUACCUGCGGUUGACUUACGAGCGCCUGCUGCAUGAGGACAAUAGUACAGACUGGCUGAAUGACACCCACUGGGUCCACCACACCAUCACAAACAUUGAAAACCCAAAGCGGAAACGGAAGUCAUCGGAUCUACGGGAGCAUCAAACAGGCUGUGCCCGUAGCGAGGGUUAUUAUCACAUCAGCAAGAAGGAAAAGGACAAGUACCUUGAUGUAUGCCCAGCCAUUGUGCAGCAACUGGAUGCUGCUGAUACGCAGGGCACCAACCGCAUCUUGUCUGAACGGAGGUCUGAGCAAAGGCGGCUUCUGAGUGCCAUUGGCACCUCUGCCAUCCUUGAUAGUGAUCUUUUGAAACUUAACCAAUUGAAGUUCCGGAAGAAGAAGCUGAGGUUUGGCCGAAGCCGAAUUCAUGAGUGGGGCCUCUUUGCAAUGGAGCCAAUUGCUGCUGACGAGAUGGUCAUCGAGUAUGUGGGUCAGAAUAUCAGGCAGAUGGUAGCUGACAUGCGUGAGAAACGAUAUGCCCAGAAUGGCAUUGGAAGCAGCUAUCUUUUCCGUGUGGACCAUGACACAAUUAUUGAUGCCACCAAAUGUGGUAACCUAGCCCGUUUCAUCAACCACUGCUGCACGCCUAACUGCUAUGCCAAAGUCAUCACCAUAGAGUCCCAGAAGAAGAUUGUCAUCUACUCCAAGCAGGCCAUCAGCAUCAAUGAGGAGAUCACUUAUGACUACAAGUUCCCGAUAGAAGAGAACAAAAUUCCCUGCCUGUGUGGCACAGAGAAUUGCCGGGGCACACUGAACUGAGAGAGAUAACAAUAUAAUUCAUAUUUAUUUUGUUUCCCCACCCCAUUUCUCAUCACUACCACCCUCCUGUCACCAUGUACCUCAUCUCAUCUCCCCACGGAGUUGUCGGAAAACUCUCAGUCGACCUAGGACCCAUCCAAGUACCUUUAAUACUCCCAAACCAAUGAGAAAGCACUUCCCUCUUCUCAGUUUCUAAUCAAUGAGAAGUUCUUUUUUCUUCUUUGCAGUCACCUGGCAAUACAUGUUAUUGAUGUGGGUUUUCUUUUCAAUUCACAACCUCCCAGCUCCCCUUGGCCCUUGUUAUUGAACCCCUUUCCCUGGGAAAAUCAUUUAACAAAAUACGUAGGUUCAAACCUUUUGCAGAAUAGGAUAAUAUUGCCCAAAGAAGGAUUGGUUGUAGCUAAUUCUACAAAACUAAGCAAUGGCUUCUUAGCUCAGAGAACAGCUUGAAUAUAUGCUGAUGAGUGUGGCAGUAGACCAUUUUCCUUCUAGAAAAGAUUAAUAGAUCUUUAACAGGCCUUCAGUGAUGAGGAAAACUUUAGGAAGGUCAAAUUGUGAGCAAGACUUCUCUAUGUGGCUUCUUAAGGUGGUGUAAUGCAUGGAUGCUAGUAGUUGUCAGAGUUAAGAGGUACCCAACCCUCAAAAUGUCAAGGCCUUUGAGUAUUUUGUCCUCCCAUUCCAUUUCCAAGAGUGGAAGGAUAUGGUAGUCCAUGAGGAAGAGUAUGUGUGCAUUCAUAUCUCUUCCAGAGCUAGGCCUUCCUCUAGAGAGCUUGGUCUGGGAAGAGACACUGAUUGGUGGGGGCCAGAACAUUCUUGGAUUUUCACACUGCAGCAUCAUAAUAUUUGUCAUCAUGAGCCAGAACUUGAUUCCCCUUUGUUUCAGGAUCUUCUGAUAGAAUUGCUAUCCCAUCUGUUCUUCCAAGCACUUGAGAUCACAGAAGUAGAGAGCCUAAAACAGUUGGAUGGUGUUUACAUUGUAAUUUCCCUUGCCUUUUCCUUUUCUCUUGUUCUUUUCUGUGAUGUUUUGUAAUGGGGGAAGCACCUACCAUAAUUGUGAAGAGGGAGUUGAAUUUCUUUCCCUGCUACACUUAUGGCUUCAGCCAGGCUGACUUGCAGUGUAAGCUAAUACCUUCCCACAACCACCCUACCCCCUAAUAAUUUUUCUUUAGGAGAAGAAAGUUGUGUAUAUAUCUAUUCCAGAUGGAUUGGCUGUUUCUUGUAGAAACACACACAUUUAUUGGUAUGUAAAUAUUUUCUGGGUUGUUUUUUGUUUGUUUGUUUUCCACUUCAUACUAAAAUGAAAACUGUAAAUAAUGUUAUGAUGUGUUUUCUUCUCCUGUUUUUAUUCCCAUUUGCACUGUGGCACCCGUUCCUUUCAAUGCAAAGUGGGAUUUUUUUUUCCUCUUGGGAAGGAGCAUAUAUCCUUCUGGAUGGUGCAUUGGAGGAGGACAGAAAAGUGUAAGUUUUUUCCCCAUCUGAGUCAGUUUUGAAAGAUAAAAGGCUUUAAACAAGGCGUUUGGAAAUAUUUUAUUAGCCUUUAAAAUAACUUCUAUUAUCAUUUUGUUUAUGGUGUACGUUGCUGUUCCAAAUAGUAGUGAAGUGGGUAAUUCUGUUUGAGAGCACUUUUUUCCUGGUAUGAGUUUUCCUCAGUAGACCGCCCAGAGCCAUGAGGUGCCUUUACAUUUCCCUGUCCCAAAGGUCCACUAAACACUGGAAGAAAACCUUUCAGAGAAUUGUCCAUUAUGCACCACAUCCAAUUGUUAGUCCCAACUACACUAGAUCCAUUGAAACAAUGGGAUGUACGUAAGCAUUGACUUAACUAGUCACAUUCAUCCACUGUGUCCACUCUUUUGGGGAUUAAAGUUAGAUUUAGCACUCAGUCUGCAAGUGUAGGUUUCCAGUGCUGUUUGAAUUACGGGGUGCUCUCAAGGACUGAUGUAGAUCUAAGCCAUCUUCUUCCUGCUAUUUCUCAGCUGAAACCCUCCUCCAGACAGGCAGACAUUCCAGUUUUACUUCUCUAUUUCCAUUCAUUUUAGAAAAACAGAGAGUCAGUAGGUUCGAUGAAUCUUGUAGAGUUAGAAAAUAGAUCCUUUGUGUCAGGCAUGGGGAUCAUGUGAUCCUCCAAAUGUCACUACAUAGCAACUCCCAUCAUCCCUGACCAGGAGAGUUACAAUCCAAAAACAUCUGGAGAGCUGCCUAUUCCAUUCACCUGCUUUGUAAGAUGAUGUCUUCUUUUAACCUCUCAAGCUAUUCAAGGAGUGGAUGUUAGAAAUAUAGUGUUACGUCCCCAGAUAUGACUUGCUAACUCAGUGCUUGCAGAAUAAGAUGGUCUCUGGAGAGCAUUUUCAGGGUGAUGGGAGGACAUGCCCUUACCUGUUGCUUCUCUCUCCCCACCCCAGAAAUCCUCCAGGAAUGGCAGUAAACCCAUCCAAGAAGAGCUCCAGGGGGAAAUAGUUUCAGGGGAAAAUGUAAGCACUUCUUACUACUUACCACUUAGCCCCAAAUGUGCUUCAUUCCUAUCUCCCCCCCCCCCCAUUUCUGUUAUUUAGCAGACCUCCUUGGAAACCUGUAUUUGUAAUACCACAUAGCUUCAUCCUAACUUUUCCCUCAUUAUUCUGAAGGCUGCUUAUGCUCUAGUAAGUUAUAUAUUUUAUUUGGCUCUGUUUUUAAUGAGCCAUUUUAUGUGCCAUGCUUCCUUAGUAUAUUAUCUUGAGGAAUGCUUUAAGGUCAUCACUGUUUCCUGCUCUGCCUUUGGUAGGGCUUGUGAAGUUGAACCCCAGCAAUAUCUUGGGAUAAUGUUCUUGCAUGUACAUCCCUCCCACCUCCAUUUAGCCAUUGUGAGAAAUGUGUUUUGAGGAGGUCCAGUCUUGGCAUCUCCCAUAAAAGCCCCAUCCAGAGUUGGGAUGUAUUUUUUCCAUGUCCCAAAAAUAGAAGCAGACUCAGAUCUUACACUUUAAAAAGAAUUUGUCCAGCAGAGCUUUUUCAGAGAGAUGGAAAUUAUAACUUGUAAUUACAAGAACUAAUAAGCAAAACACUUGUAAGAGGCUUGCUGAACUCAGCUGUAUGACUUAGUUGGUCAACACAUGUGGUUUUGUUUUUGACAGAAGCUUACAUAACUCUUCUCCACUCUUUACCACUGUUGAUGUUUCCACAACUUCCCUUCUGUUUUCAGAAUGUGUCUUAGCAACUCAUGUGAUGCAGUGGAAAAGCUGAAACAAUAGCAUGCAUUUCUCAUGUGCAUUGAUGGGCACAUGUAUAGACAAAAACUGUAGAUUACUGCCUUCGCAGAGUAGUUUCAUUCUGAAGUGGCAUCUCUUGUUGUGUCCAGAUAUUUCCUGUGAAGGCUCAUAUGAAACAAAGAGGAAGCUGUCUUUCUUUCUUUCUGAUUCCUUUUUCCAUUUCUUAGUGCCUUGGCUUGCCCUCCUUCCAGUAAUAUCAAGCAGCCACUUUGUUCCUUUCAUUUUCUAGACAUAACUCACAAAUCUUCAUGUGCAUUAAGGCAGGAAAAUAGUACAAGUGUAUGUUUUAAUGAGAACCAGAGUCAUACCUGCAUCCCUUUGCAGUUUGUCAUUUUGCAGUGCUAGUUUUCUUCAGCUGAGAUCUAUAUCCACAUGCAUGUUGCAUACAUUAUAAAUUUAACCAGAUACAAAUGGUAAUAAACUGCCUGUGUUAGGCUGUCCUUUUUCCUCUCUCAAGUCACUGUAUAAGCUGAAAAAAUACUGGCUUGUCUUUGAUGUGUUCUCCCAACUCAAAUCACUUCUAUAUUUAAAUUUUUAAUCAGCUCUUCCUGUCUGUACUUAGCUUUUAAUUUUUUUUCACUGCAGCAAGGGUUUUUGUUUGGUUGGUUUGGUUUUAAGAAAGCUAUUACUUUCUCCAUUUUUGUGGAUGUGCUUUUAUUCUUAGUGGUGCAAGUGCUGGUUGUUUGGGUUUUUUUCCAUCUUUGGAUGUGUAUAUAUAUGCCCUUUAAUUAUUUUCUCAGAUGUGCAUUUUCCCAUUUUAAAUUAGUUUCACUCAAUAGCAAAAUUUGUUCCUGCCACUUAGCAGAUCAGACAACAGGAUCUAGUUAAAGUGUUUCCAUUAAUUCUCCUUGGGGUUUUAAAAAAAUUCAGAUCCAACAAGUUGAAGAUUCUCAAAGUGUACAUUUGAACAACUCUUCAUAUGAAAUUUCAGGUGUUCAGAAAGUAGAACUUGCAGAUCUCCUUGCUUGUUAACUAUAAACUCUUUAGUCAUUUAACUAGGAUGCUUUUUUUUAAAAGCUCCCUGCUAGGUUCUGAUUUUUAUGUGACACCUGAGUAAGAAUAGACUUGUUGAACUCUCAGUUUAAUGUUGCUUACAUGAAUUACAGUUAAGCCUUCAUUUAAGCACAGUACAUCAGAAAGAGGAGAGAAGAGAUUCAGUCAAUAAUUGUAUGCAUUGUUCAGUGGUAAGUUUUUGAAAAGCUGAUUAAAUCUUGGCAAAUUGGCACAGACUUCAGUUUGUAUUGGAUUUAAAUCUUUCCUGCUGAAAGCAUGCGUAAUCUGACAUGCAGAGCCAUGCUACAUUGUUUUGAGGUCCAAUAUUCUCAGGUGAGGUUUGGGUUAUUUUUAGAACACAAUUUUCCACGUUUAAGACUUGUAGGUUAGAAUCGCUUACCUAUAAAAUACAACCAAAGGAUAAGAUGUACUCCUUAUUUUUUUAUCUAAAGUGGAGAAUACCCAGGGAUAGGGUUUAUGCCAACAUUUCCCAUUUUUAGCCAAGUCCAUUUAGUAGGCCUUUCUGUAUCUUUAUUUUUCUUGUGUAUUGCAGGGAAGAUUCCUAUUAAGUGUCAUCUGUUUUUCACAUGGACAAGUGUGACCCUUUCAGAUGUGAACAGAAUCCAUUUCUUUCCAGUCUAGUAGUUCAAGCUAGUUCCUUUGAUUGAUCAUGUAGCUGUAAAACAAUUUUGUCAAAAAAAAACAACCCCUGUCUCCAGCACCUGCUUAUGAGUCACUUUAUUUUCUUCUCCUAUUCUCUGUAAAAUUUAAAGAUUUUGUUUGCUUCCCACCUCUAUAAGGAGAGGGAAACAUUGCUGCUCAACCUGAUUUUGGGUGUACAACACAAAAAGAAAAGUUGUGUUACUGAAAACAAAUCGAUCUAAAGGAUUCCAGAUGCUUUAAACCAAAAACACAAAAAUUUCUUUGAUCUUUCAGAACUGACUCCUCUCUUUGCCAGCUUCUAAAGCUGAAGUGUUGUUGAAUUAUCCCCUCCACAUCUGUCGCUGUGUGCAUUUUUUUCUGUGUACAUAUAUGUAAAAAAAUACGAUAUACAAAAAUUAUCUCUAUACCAGGGAAGGUGAUGCCUUUUUAACCUUCUCUUGCAGCAGUGGCAGCUUGCUGGGAGUUUAGUAUUCAAAGCAAAGUGUGGGAAUGUGCACACAGGGAUGGAUGGAUCUCCUUUUUUGUCCUCUCCCCCCUCACCUCAGAUUGGAUGCUUCUCCUCAACUGUGUAUACCUACUUUUCUGUUUGUCUAUAUAAAUAUUAUAUAUAUAGAUAUAAAUAUAUAUAAAUAUAUUUUCAUUUGAUCUUAUUGGCUUCCUACUUGUAAAUAUGUUAAUAAUUUGUGGAUUCAUUACUUGGUGCCAGAUAGCACAUUUUUAUAAAAGUCAUUAA